AUGAAUUUAAUUGCUAUUGGUCGACGGUUUUGUGGAUUUAUGAUAAUCAUAGCGUUGAAUUUUAUUCUGAUCGUCUACUUGACGCUCAUUGUCACACAUUCCCAUGUGAAUAUCAUCUCGUAUUUUAACAAUUUCCAAUUGGAAACAUCACACGGGGAAUUACUAAAUACAUCUUUUCGGCAGAUAGGCAAUGUUAUUUGGACUCAUGAUGGUUCCGGCUUGAUGAAAUAUAUUCAAUGGAUUGUUAGUCGAAAAUUAAGUAAUGUGAAAAUUCUUCGUCUGAAUAUCAAUUGUUACAUCACUAAUCAAUCGUAUUUCUCAUUGGCUUCAACGAGUGAAAAACUUCUUCAGAUACACAUUGUUUCACUUACAACUGAUUCGAAAUGUUCAGCAGAAAUUAGCCAUAUGAUAGAUGUUCAUCACAGUAUUUAUUUUAUAAGAAAAUCUAUUUUAGCAAUGCUUUUAUAUCAAGAUUUAGACUCGACGGGAAAUUCGAAUGUUUUAAAUUUACAUGAACGAAUUGAACAAGCGAGAAAAGUCAUAAAAACUAUUUCGAAUCACACAGAAUUGAAAGUGAUUUAUGCAGAAGACUUGAUUCAUGUGAAUUUGACUAACUGCGAGAGUCUACUGAAGACUUUUCUCUCAAUAUUAGGCUAUCAAACGUCCACAAAUCAGUUGAAAUCUAUCAUAGAAUAUGAUUCUCAUCAGUUUAUCCAAGAUGCAACAUGGUGGGAUCAAUCUGAAGUUGCUGAACGUCUUCUUACUAAUUCAAUUCCGUCUCGCUCAUCAAAUCUCACAUAUUCAACCGAUUUUUAUCAUCUACACGGUAAUCGUACAUUUGCCGAAUAUUUAUUAGAUAAUCGCAAAUGCUACAACGAUGGUACAUUUGCUCAAAUGCAAUCAGAAACAAUGAACAAUCGGUCUUCGGUCGACAAACCUGACCGUUGUUUAUCAAAGUCAUUUGAUUGUAAAUUUAGUGAUAUUUAUUCAUUUGAUGACAGAGAACAACUGUACAAACGUAAUAAUCGAAACCCAGUCAAAUGUGGUUUUGCGAUUCCAUCAAUAUUUGAUACAAUUAGAAAGCGGUAUGGUCGGAAUGAAAAGUGUCAUGUAAUUAUUUUCACAGUUAUCACUAACUGCUAUGAUCAUUUACCGGAAAUACACGGAAGGAUCUUAGCUUCAUUUUGUUGUGUCGCUCUGCUAGAUGCACAGACUAUUCGGGUACACAGAAAUCUUACUCGGACUAAAUCUGCUUAUAUUUGGAAUAUAAUCGAUUUAGGGAAUGAAGCAACACCCUUCGUUGUGUCUGCGAAGUCAACAGAAACGUUGAAAACUCUUGGACAACGAAUGUUUCCAUUAGCAAAAUGGAUUAUCUGGUUGGACGGGAAAGCACAUAUUAAAAAUAUUCAGGAAUUAUUAACACAAGCACGAUCUCCGAUGAUUGGCGCUCGUCAUCCUGAUGAAAGACGUACGUCGGCCUCUGAAGUCGAGCCGACCAUAAUUCAUUUACGUGGAAGAGAAAAAUUGUUAUCAAAUCGUCUUAACGAGACUUUGUUUGACAUAAAACUUCAAGAAAACGAGUAUCAACGUGAAGGGUUUUAUUCUCGCUUGGAUCUUCUCAAAUUGAAAAUGUUUGACAUCGCGGUAUUUUUACAUCGAAAUAAUCAUCCAUGUACUUUUCGACAGCUGUGUGAAUGGCAUAAUGAGGUGAAUUAUUUUUCAUUUCGAGGACAAUUAUCCACCUUUUAUCCAGCUGUUCGACUACAUCUAACGCAAUAUUUACAGUUUUUACCAGAAGAGUUCUAUUCAACUUUUGGGCAUCGAUCUGUUUGCUGA